AUCAAUUUUCAAGUAGAAAUGUCGAACGUAACUGUCUGCGUCCGCUUCAGGCCUUUGAGCUCAAAGGAGAAAGGAGAUCUCGGAGAUAACAUCUGCAUUCAAACUCUAGACUCCGAAACCUUCAUCAUCAAGGAUGAAAAAGAAGAAGGUUUUACAUUUAGCUUCGAUAAGGUUUUUUAUGAGAAGUCUAAGCAAGCUGAUGUAUAUGAGUUUCUUGUUCUUCCAAUUGUUCAAGAUGCUUUCAAUGCUAUAAAUGGAACAAUCAUCGCAUACGGACAGACUGGGGCAGGGAAGACAUACAGUAUGGAGGGGCCAAACAUCUUGGAAUCUGAUGAACAGAAGAAAGGGAUACUUCCAAGAGUAGUAGAUGGAUUAUUUGCAUGUAUCAGAUCUUCCAAUGAUUCAACCAAGUACACAAUCAAGUUGUCCAUGGUAGAGAUCUAUAUGGAGAAAGUCAGGGACCUUUUUGAUUUAUCAAAGGACAAUAUUCAAAUUAAGGAGAGUAGAACACAAGGGAUAUUGUUAUCUGGAGCAACAGAGAUCUCUCUAUUGGACACUGCACAAGCAUUACAAAGCCUAUCUAGUGGGAUAGCUAACAGAGCAAUUGGAGAGACCCAAAUGAACAUGGCAAGCAGCAGGAGUCAUUGUGUUUACAUUUUCACACUCAACCAAGAAUCAAUUACAGAAAAGAGGGCGAAAUCUGGAAAAUUAAUUCUUGUGGACCUGGCGGGGUCGGAGAAAGUGGAGAAAACUGGGGCUGAAGGAAGAGUUCUUGAAGAAGCUAAAACCAUCAAUAAGUCCCUCUCAGCAUUAGGUAAUGUGAUCAAUGCUCUGACUUGUGGUUCACCAGCCAAAGCAAACCAUAUUCCUUAUCGUGAUUCCAAGCUCACUCGAAUCUUGCAAGAUGCUCUUGGGGGGAGCUCUCGCACUGCAUUGCUUUGUUGUUGCUCACCAAGUCCUUCAAAUUCAUCAGAAAGCCUGUCCACUCUUCGUUUUGGUGCAAGGGCAAAGCAUAUAAAGGCCUCACCACUUGUUAAGGGCAAUGAAGAGAAAUGUUCUAAGAAGAACGGAGCUUUUUCAGCAACUACAGAUGAAUCAUUUGAGAAAAUUCUAAAAAGGAUGAGUGAGAGACUUAAUGAUGAAGACGUGAAGUUACUUGAGGAAUUAUUCAUUCAGGCAGGACUAUUUGUCUAUCCUGAUUCAACGGAAGACUUGGAAUCAACCUUUCAAGGUGUUGUUCAACAAACCAUUUCUUCAUUGAUGCAAGCUGCGGAACAGCUCAAAUCUACUGUUGAGAUGCUUCAGAGAGAGAACAAGGCCCUCAAGGAAAGACUUGCCGCUGCUGAAAGGUUUGAUGCUUUGCCUGGAGAAAAUGAAGGUUUUCUUCAUAAGAUUUUAGCCUUUCUCAUCUCCUUUGUUCCUGGAAUGUGAAGAUGAAACUUUAUAUGCCACUCCAUGAUGCUGGUUUAGACAUACUGACAGGAUAUAAAGUAGAAUCCUGUGAUUAAAUGUGAUUACAACCCGUGAAAUGCAUAACUGUUGUAAUUUUGUCUGGAGUCAGUCAACCAAGGCCUAGCUUUGGCUGAGAAAAUAGUAAAGUGUCAA